AUGACUGACAUUCACUCUUCCUCGUGUACAGAUGCGCCAUCGAACGAUACUUUGUAUCUGCAAGGACCUCAGUUUUGGCCAGGAUCCACGCCCAUACAUCAUCCACCAACACCAAGUCGCGUGAAACGAUUGAUUAAGUUUAUUAACAACUUUUCGUUGGUAAAUCUAUCUAAACGACGAGGAUCGGAUUCCAGCAUUACAAGUACCGACUCGUUGACGGAUACUUUAUAUGUCAGCAAUGAGUUUGACCGUAAACCGAUAAACCGUCGUAAGAAAUGCGCGAGACGACCUCACUCGUCAAAUCCAUCACCUCUCAGUCGACACAUAUUAUACAAAUCACGCCACCAUAGUAUCGCCUAUUUCCCUCAACAUUCUCUUUCGACUCUGGACGAGAAAAUAGCCCGACCGAUAUCAAAAACAAAGUUCAUAGUCAACAUUUAUUGGCUACCGCACUAUCGCAUCGAACUAUCCCUCCCGCGGACUAUAUCCCUUGGACAAUUUUAUCGCGCUGUAGAGAAGGUGUUAUCCGUCAAGUUACCAUCCGGCUUGAUUGUAUUGUACCAUACGGAAAAACUUACAAAACUGGAUGAACUGAGGAUGAAGUCAAGAAGAGAUCGAGCGAUCGUGGCAUAUUGCGUGGAAGCAGAAAAGGUAGUCAUGGUUGAAGAAGAUAGAGAAUGGAGAUGUAGAAUGGUUGAGUGGGAUACGACAAUAGAAGUCACUUUGGUUUCUUUGAAAAAGUGUUAA